CGUCUGGGUGGGGCCCUGCGGCGCUGGCCGGGCUCCUCCUCCCGGCGCUUCUACUCCUUCGAGGCUCUGGCGCCGCGCUCCUCGGGGCCCUGUGCCUCUCCCCAGCAAUGGUGGCCUGGCGCUCCGCGUUCCUCGCUUGCUUCGCUUUCUCCCUGGCCACCCUGGUCCAAAGAGGAUGUGGGGACUUGGAUUUCAAUCUGGAGGAUGCUCUGAGAGAAACGACAACAGUAAAACGGAGAUGGGACCACAUCGCCACUACCACAACCAGGAGGCCAGGAACAACCAGAGCCCCAGCAAAACCUGCAGGUGAUGAUUUUGACUUGACUGAUGCCUUGGGUGACCGGGAUGACGGCCACAGGAAGCCCAGCGCAGGAGGAGGAGGAGGGAGAUGGGACCACAUCGCCACUACCACAACCAGGAGGCCAGGAACAACCAGAGCCCCAGCAAAACCUGCAGGGCCUCCUAAACCUGAUGAUUUUGACUUGGCCGAUGCCUUGGAUGAUCAGAAGGAUCUGGAUGACGGCCACAGGAAGCCCAGCGCAGGAGGAGGAGGAGGUUUCUCAGACAAGGAUCUUGAAGACCUGUUAGGGGAUGGCGACUACAAGCCUGACAAGAAUAAAGGUGAUGGUGGCUACGGCAGCAGUGAUGACCCUGGAUCUGGCGUGUCGGUGGAGACAGGCACCAUUGCCGGUGUGGCCAGUGCGCUGGCCAUGGCCCUCAUCGGUGCUGUGUCCAGCUACAUCUCCUACCAGCAGAAGAAGUUCUGCUUCAGCAUUCAGCAGGGUCUCAACGCAGACUAUGUGAAGGGGGAGAACCUGGAAGCGGUGGCAUGUGAGGAGCCACAAGUGCAGUACAAGGCGGUUCCAACAGAGUCUGCUGAGCCCCCGGCCCCAGGGCCACCCCGCAUCUGAGGCACCCCCGGCAGCCACGCACGACGCCAGCAAAGGGCGCCACUGCUCGUGAGCCUGCAGUCGAUUGCCUUUGGAACCACAGCCGCCAUGCUGUCUUCGCCCUAUCAUUGGCUUCUUGUCCUGCUGUUUCUGAGGAGCUCCGGGUGCUCGCCAGUUUGGUUUCUGCCUUGCCACAGGAACUCCGGAGGGACUUGGUGCUGAAACUCAAAAGCGUGACUCUGCCACCAGGCCAGCAGCAGCCUCACAAGCUGCCAGGCCACAGGUGCC